AUGGCUGACAACACAGAUUUGCCACACGCGGUGGUGGCCAUAGAUUUCGGCACUUCAUACUCGGGAUAUGCUUUUACCUACAGAGACGAAUACAAAAAGAGUAACAACGCCAGGGAAAUUUUCCACAACAGCUGGGCAUCGGGCAUUGCAGGAAAUCACUCCGUAAAAGCUCCAACCGUGGCACUGUUUAAUCCAAAUAAGGAGUUCUAUUCAUUUGGAUACGAGGCAGAGGAAAAAUUCUCUGAGCUCACAGAGUACAAAAAACAUAAGGGCUGGUACUAUUUCAGUAAAUUUAAAAUGCAGCUCUUCGACAAAAUGAAGCUUUCACGAGACCUAGUGACGGCUGACCAGUCCGGGAAAGUUCUUCCUGCCAUCACAGUAUUCUCGGAAAGUCUCGGCUAUCUCGUGAGAGCUGCUAUACAUCAAGUAAACCGUGUGUCGGAGAAAGAUAUUACAUGGGUCAUCACAGUUCCUGCUAUCUGGACUGAACCCGCUAAGCAGUUCAUGAGGGAGGCAGUAAUCAAGACUGGGAUAGACGAAGACAAAUUGUUGCUAGCCUUGGAACCAGAGGCUGCAGCGCUGUAUUGUCGGUAUCUCCCGACUACACGUGGUGGCAAGGACGAGAAUGAUAUACUUGGCUUCCUCAAUCAGGGUGGUCGGUACAUGAUUGUGGAUAUGGGAGGUGGGACCGUAGACAUCGCCGUACACGAGGUAUCAGAAGACGGGAAGAAACUAACAGAGAUCAUACCGGCAUCUGGAGGGGCAUGGGGAGGAGACAGCGUCAACAAACGGUUUUUCAAUUAUUUUGAUAAGAAAAUAAAGCACAAAAGCAGAAUUUUAAAACAAUCUCGGACGUCCCACUGGAUGGCUCUUGAAUGUUCUUUCGAAGCAAAGAAAAGACAGAUGAGAAGCAAGACUGAACACAAUAUUCGACUUCAAGUACCACCCGUUAUCAUCACAGAAGGAGAAUUGGACAUUGAUUUUGCCCAAUCAUUCAAACUAAAUAUAUCAAAUAAAGAUUUCAGGUCAUUCUUUGAAUCAGCGAAUGACAUAAUCAGCCAUAUGGAGGACAUAUUUGGCAGAGUGGCUGAUAUUGAACUCAUUUUGUUGGUUGGAGGUUGUGCUCAGUCCGAUUACAUCGCCAACAUGAUAAGAGAAAGAUUCUCUGAUAAAACGGUACUAGUGCCGACAAAAGCUGAGGAGGCAGUGAUGGAAGGGGCGGUUUUGUUUGGAUUUGACCCGUGGACUGUGUCAGCUAGAAUGUGUCGACAUACUUACGGCAUUGAUUGCAGUAGAAAAUUCCGAGAGGGGUUCCACCGAGAGGAGUAUCGAAAGGAAAUUGAUGGGAGAGAUAUGUGUCAGAACAUAUUUAGCAAAGUAGUGACAGAGGGAGAUAUAUUGGAAUUUUCGGAAAAAUGCAUCCAUGAUCAAUACUUUUCGUCACAUAAAGACAAAAGUAGACAAAAUAUUGUUAUGAAAGUCCCAUUUUAUGCAUCAACUGACAAAUCAUGCAGAUACACAACUGAUCAAUCAUGUGAACAGAUUGGUAUCGUAGAAGUCACCCCUCCUGUUGACGGGUGGCCAGAUCACGUUAAAUACCGCAUCGAAAUGUAUUUCGGAAGGACCGAGUUUGCCGUGAAGGUAUUCAACGAUGCCGAUGAAAGCGAGUGUGACGCAAAAUUUGACUUUUUGCUUGAACAGAAGAUUCCAGAACUUGCACCAAUCUCUCCAGCUCCAGCUCAAGUGCAAGCUCCAGCUCAACCAGCUCAAGUUCCAGCUCCAGAUCCAGAGCGAGAGAAAACUCGUUGUGUUGUAUCUUAA